AUGUCCGCCGCUGAAUCGAACGCAUUCAUCCGGGAGGUCUGGGGCUUGCAGGGUGCUGCCUAUCUCGUGGUGGGAUUACGAUAUUACAGUCGAGCCUCUACGUUAGGAUGGAGGAAGUUUGCUUGGGAUGACGCUCUGAUGUUCCUGGCAAUUCUGGUUUAUACUGCAGAAUCGGUCGCAGCAUAUUUUGUCGUAGCUUACUGGAAAGGGUUCGCCAACAAUGGCAUGACAGACGACCAACGAGCUGCUUUAGAUCCGGCGUCACCAGAGUGGUUAUUGCGCGUCAAUGGCUCCAAGACACACGUUAUUGGUCUUCUACUGUACACGACUCUGCUAUGGCUGUUGAAGGCAUGUUGGGUAGUUUACUACUCUCGUCUCACUGAUGGUGUUCACAAUAUGAAGCGAGUCAUCUCCUGGGCGAUGAUUAUCAUGCCCAUCACCUACGUCGCUUGUCUUCUGGUCGCAUUCAUGAAAUGCAUUCCAUUCCAGAACCAAUGGCAGAUCAACCCUUCACCGGGGAACUCUUGUAUGCCUGCCGUUUCUGUGUUGCAGACGACCUUUGUCAUGGCCAUGAACACGGUAACGGACUUUUAUUUGAUGGCUAUCCCGCUGCCGAUGGUGUGGAAGUCCCAUCUUCCCUGGAGGAAGAAGGUCACCCUCAUGAUCAUGUUCAGCGGCGGCUUCCUCGAGAUGACCUUUGGUAUCCUCCGUUGCGUCUCUAUUCUCACAGUCGGCGACACCGAUCCCGCUCAAUCAGGCUACUGGUCUGUACGAGAGUCCUUCGUAUCCGUAGUACUCACCAACAUGCCCAUGGUCUACCCCCUUUUCAAAAGCGUCAUCGACAAGAGCCGCAAUGCGAGUACAAACAAGAGCGGCGCCAUGGGGGACAGUCAGGGCUAUCGCCUGGGCAGCUACCCAGGGAAGCAGGGACCCCGAAGUCACCCGCUCUCCAUUCCAAACGAGACCACUUGGGGAUCGGACGAACACAUAGUCUCUAGUAGCGUAGAGAAGAACAUCGCCGGCGGAGAGGAAGCCUCGAUUGGCUCUACCGACAAGCCUAAGAGCCCUUACUUGCCGCAAGGUUCGAACAUAGCUGAGGUCGCAGCAGAGCCGGUUAACAGCAAUCGGCAAUCGAUGAGGGCAAGGCAGCAUCAACCUGACGUUGACCCAAAUAAGAUUGUCGUCACCACGGAAUACACUAUUUCGAGGGCAAACCCCGAGCCGCAUGGACCUCGGAUGAGGAGAUAUUGA